AUGCUGGGAGGUUUAGCAUUGAGUGAGGUGAAGCAAAAUGGGAUGAAGCCAAAUGAGGUAAAAUUAAAUAAGGUAAAAUUAAAUAAGGUAAAAUUAAAUAAGGUAAAAUUAAAUAAGGUAAAAUUAAAUAACGUAAAAAUGAGCACCGCAGGUGCAAAGAGUUGUAAAGAAACACAGAUUGGAAAAAAGUAUUUAGAACAAAAAAAAAAAAAUAGCACACAAAAUAAGGAGAGCAAAAACCAAAGAUGCAAUAAAAAAAAAAAGAGAAAUAUGCGAAGCAAGCUCUUUGUUACACUUUUUACAACUUGUCUGGUAACGCUUUCAUCUGUUCAGGGGCGAGAAUAUUUCAGCGGAUUUGUGAACAAAAAAUUAAAGAAUCUUUUACAAUGCAACCUGGUGGCGUAUUACAACCUCAGAGAUCAUGGACCCGAUCCAAAUUCCUUCCUCGACUUUCUCGGGGAGCCCGAGCAGUUCUACUGGUUCGUAGAGCAUUACCUAUCAGUGCCAUUCACUAUCCCGAGUCAUUUGAAAGAUAAAAAGGAGCACAACUUUUCGUCAUGCUCCAACAGAUCGUGGGUAUCGGAGUUCUUAAGGAAAUAUGAAGAGCCAGAUAUAAAGGAAUUGAUGACAUAUUUAGAUAAAGAACAGAAGGUGUUUUUUUCCUACAACUUUGAAAAUCAGGAACCUGUUGCAAAGUACACAUCCUUUACUAUAAAGGAAUUUCACAAGUACUGUAUCUUGCCCCCUCUGAUAGAAACAAACAUUAAGCUGAAGGACAAGAACGGGUUGCUCUCAUUUCAGUUAAACCGACAGGAAUAUAAAGUAUUUUUAACUUCCAUCGGAACACCAAUAUCUGCUUUAAAAAAAUUAUAUCAAAGCAUGGAAGAUGGAGAGAGAAAAAACAUCGUGAAAAAUAUUCUGGAAAAUGAACGAACAAGUAAAGUAUUUGUGAACUGCCCAGUUUAUACCAUAAAAUUACAUUACACUAAAGAGUGUGAUUCUCAGCCGAAUGUUUUAAAAUGUCUUGAUAAUUACAUAAAAAAAUUAUGUGACAACAGAUUUGCAGGCAAGGAAAAGGGUACAUUCUGUGAUGAUUUAUUGUUCCUUUUUGAUGCUUUACAACAACCCUAUGUUGACUAUUUUAAGAAAUUUUUAAGCAGAGAUGACGUACAUUUAGUAAAACCACAAUCCGUUUGGGGAUUUCCUAUGUUUACUAAAUACAAGCCUAGAGAUUUAAAGAAUCCCAAUAAUAAUAUUCCUCUGGAUGUUUUUAAAGUGUUGAGCAACAAGAACAAAUUGUUUUUAUCUUUCUUCGAUGAAAUACCUAAGAGUCCCUACUACAUUGACGAGAAUCCUGGGUUAAUCAGACUGAGUGAAUUCGCCUCCAGCAUUUUUGACAAGCUUAAUAGAUUCUUUUACGCUUUCAAGAAAAAGGGACAUCGAAUCAGUCCUGUUUCUGUCAAGGAAUUAAGCCACAACAUCAGCGAUUAUAGCUUUAAACAUGACACCAGUAACAUCGAAUGUAAAAACGUGAAGAAGAGUUUGAACCUGGACCUUGAAACCGAAGUUGCAAAGGCCAUGGCUGUACAGCAAAUUUGCAAAACCAUUGAAAAUUUGAUCAUGACGAGGGGGAAUACUGACAAUCUCUUAAAAACAGAUACUGCCUUUGUACAUAAAGGAUUUCGUAUGCAAUGCAUUUUAAUAGCAACUCAUGUAGAGGCAUACAACAUUACAAGGCAACUUUUAAAUAUGGAAAGCAUGCUAUCCUUAACAAGAUAUACCUCUUUAUAUCUACACAAAUUUUUUAAAAGUGUAACACACCUGAAAGGAAACUUUUUGUAUGAACAUCCAACUGCAAUAAGGCAUGCUCGUAUAUGUGGUAGAGCCGUUUUGCAUGUACCGGCAGUUCUGUACAGACGAAACAUAUAUAUAGCGGAGACAUUUCUGUCAUUAUAUUUAGGUCUCUCGAAUUUAGUUUCUUCCAAUCCAAGUAGUCCUUUUUUUGAAUAUUCAAUCAUUGAAUUUUUAAUUUCUUACUUCAAUAAAGACCCCGAGAAAUUCAUUCUUUACCUAUUUUCUAUCGUUUCUGUUUUGCACAUUAACGUCUACUACUAUGAACAGUUGUAUUGCCACCACAAACAGCAGUUUGAGAUUUUAAGGUCCAAGAUGAUUCACCCAAAUAUCGCAAAUCGCAUUUUAGAAAAUCUUAAAUCGUUGUUGAAGAGCACGAGGUACAUGAGGAUGCGUUCCUUUUACAUGAAGAUUGAGAAUGAGGAUUUGUUUGACAAGAGGAAAGUUUUCGACGUGCUGUACGCCUACGACGAAUUCCUAAGCAGCGCAGAGGCUCAGCAGAAGGCGACAGUAGAGGACAUGUCAGAUGAGCCAGUCGAUUUAGAGACCACGAAUGAUGGAAUUGGGUUCAGAAAAGAAGAUAUCAUUUUCGAGGCAGACCAAGGUUCCUUGGAGUCUAUAGAAGAAGAGUUGGAGGGAGGUUCGGAAGGAAUUGAUGCAGACCAAGGGAAGAAAGCAGUUGAGUAUUUGAAAAUGGUGCCAGAUGAGGAAAAAGCAAAUCUGGCGGAUAGGAAUAAGGAGUUAGAAUUAGAUUUGUAUAAAUAUAUAGGAACUAUAAACCAGAGUACUGCAGAGGUUGGAACUGUUUCUAGGCAUACCCCCACGCCUCCUCCUUCGACGGGAGAUAAUACCAGCGAAGGCAAACCUGCUAAAGCGGCGUCCAAAGGCAUAAAUUUUAGACUAGGACAAAUAGGAAAACACUUUAAAAAAUUCAAAACAAAGGAUUCUUCGAAACUUAAAAAAGGAGCCGAUUUCUACGAAUCAACGUUUGCUCUUAACGAAACACCUGAAGAAUCUACCUCUGAGGCAACUGGUUCUAAUUCUAAUGCGUCAUUGAAGGUGAUCCCCGAGGGUGAAGAAUGA